CUAUAUAAAUGAGCUACUGACAAAGUGAAUUCACUUGCGCCAAAGCUUGUAAAAAGACCAACCAUGGAGAAGGUGCUAUGCUUAAUGACGGUUGCUUUGAUCAUAGCAGUAGCUGAUGCAGGGCAUCAAAGGAGCAAAAGACAAGCUGAGCCAAACAUUGCAUUGAAGAAACCUGCAAAACAAUCAACGACGUAUUCAUGGGCUGGAGAGUCCUCCCCUGCCAGUUUGGCAGUUGAUGGAAACAACGGAACAGACUUUGUCGUAGACAAAUGUUCAUGCACAAAGGGUGGAGACACAAAUCCGUGGUGGUUGGUGGAUCUGCAGGCUGUUUAUCACAUCGAUUACGUCAGAAUAUUCAACAGAGGAAUGGACAAGUGGGGAGCAGAUGUGGCUAACCGGCUUCGGGAUGUUACCGUCACUGUAGGGAUGACCGAAUCAGAUGUCAGCACUCCAUGUGGUGUAUUUGCUGGUCCCGGUACUCUGUCGCAGGUUGUCGAUAUCUACUGUCCGAACACAUUACCAAUGGGUAGAUUCGUGAAGAUCUCCAAGACAACCGACUUCCUCACUCUUUGUGAAGUCGAAGUGUUUGGAUACCCUGACCAAUGAUCAUCAUUGCUGAAGUCUUUGCUAAAACGUUAUCGUAGAUCAGUUUUCUUUUUCCGACAAACUAAUUAUGUAAAUAUUGAGGUGACUUUUCCGAUCGCAUUAGGUUCUGUUUUCACAGCUGUGACAAAGCUUUCUACUUGAUGAUGGCUGUCUGUAAGUUUUUUUAAUUAUAAUACUGCAUACAGUUGACACAAACAUGUAAAACUUCUUUAUUUGCCAUUGUAC